AUGAGGCUUCUAAUGUCUUCUUUAAAUCAAGAUGAAGGUGAAAUAAAGAGAUUUGCUAAUUGGAUACUUGAUGUUGGAAAUGAAAAUAUUGGUUCUGUUGUUGGAGAUGAAUUAGAAAUUGAAAUUUCAAAUGAUCUAUUGAUUACAACUACUGAUGAUCCUUUCUCUCAUUUGGUAGACUUUGCAUAUCCAAAUUUGUUGCAAAAUAUGUCAGAUUACAGCUUACAGAGUCAGAGUCAAUCAUUAUCACAUGUAGGACUUUACUUGUCAAAAUCAGUGUUCACCCAUGGACAACUUUAUGUUGCUUUGUCAAGAGUUAAGAGUCGCAGUGGUCUCAGGGUUUUAAUUCUAGACGAAGACGGCAAUCCAAAGUCAUCAACAACAAAUAUCGUGUUUAAAGAAGUUUUUAAUAAUAUUUAG